GUAACUCCUUACGCAUCCAACAUCUGUGAGUUGUAUAGUUUAGUGUGAGUACCGUGGUUCAUCGUGAGAUAUUCAUUAAGAAGGUAUCUUGUGAAACAAUGAGGUCCGUGGUGCUGUGCUUGGUGCUGGUGGCGGUGGUGGCGGCGGCGGCGGCGGCCCCGCAGCGCGACGGUGCCGUCUACAGCAAGGAGGCCAUCAAGCAGGCCCAGAGCACCCACCUCAUCCCCAAAGACGCUGUCAUACACAAGGUACAAGAAGGCGUAGAAAUUGCAGCUUACGAGUCCAUCCCCGGCAACCAAAAGAUCAACCUCUACGAGAUCCUCGGUGACCAGAUACCGUCAGAAGUGAUCAACAACCUCCAAUCCCAGAUCGACAACGUGGGCCAGCACUAAGCCCCGCUGUAGAACAUAGGUAGUCACAGUUGGAUACCAGUAACCGAAAUACGAGACAUUACCUACAGAUGUUUAUAUACAACAUUGCUAAAGGAAAAAUCAAGAAUGGAAAAGAAGAAGAACUCAUGAGAAAAAGAAUCGUCAUAUCUAUGGAAAUUCCAAGAAAAUUAAAAUGUUAUGAAAUAAAUAAGCAGAACAAGGUCUGCACGAAUGCCACGGACACGUACGAAGCGAUUUGCCUCCUCGUUUCUAAUUCGAAAUAUGGAACGCCCUUCCGGCAUCAGUUUUCCCUUCCUAUCAUUUUAAUGUGGGCACCUUCAAGUAAAGA